UUUGGUUUGGUUAGUUUCUUCUCCUUAUCUUUGUGUCGUGUCUCUCCCCUGCAACAUUACCACCACAUCCAAACCUUGGUUCCUUUGUGUUUGUGUCUCUCUCUUCUUCUCUUCAGAGAUUAGACACAGAACAAAGCAACCAAAAUCAUUUUCCAUGUCUCUCUCUUUUCUUCCUGUCUACUCUUCACCUCAUCUCUCCUCUUCUCUUUUCUUUCCUACGCCACACCUUUCUCUCCUUUGUCUCCCAAAAUUCUCAAAUGCCCCAGCUCCCCAAUUUAUUUUAUGCUGCCGAAGGAACGCUUCUUUUUCCGCCCGAUGUGGGCCUGGAGUCCCCGAUGGUACUCAGUAUGACAGUGGUAUCGAAGAAGAUGAGCAACCCAUGAAGGCUAGUUGCGAUGACGAAGAAGAAGAAGAAGGCCAAGAGACUCUUAGCUCCUUAGUUUUGCCCGAAAGAUGGGAUGUCUUGGGUCUCGGUCAAGCCAUGGUGGACUUCUCUGGCAUGGUCGAUGAUAAUUUUCUGAAGAAUUUGGGGUUAGAGAAGGGAACGCGGAAAGUGGUAAAUCAUGAGGAAAGAGGUAGAGUUUUACAGGCUAUGGAUGGGUGCAGCUAUAAAGCUGCGGCAGGUGGAUCUCUCUCUAAUACCUUAGUUGCCCUUGCAAGGCUUGGAAGUCGCUCCCUCAAAGUUCCUGCUAUAAGUGUGGCAAUGACCGGUAGUGUAGGGAGUGAUCUGUUGGGGGGUUUCUACAGGGAAAAAUUGCGCCGAGCAAAUGUGCAAUUUCUUUCCGAGCCUAUCAAGGAUGGGACUACUGGAACAGUUAUAGUUCUCACAACUCCAGAUGCCCAGCGAACAAUGCUUGCAUAUCAGGGCACAUCUUCAACUGUUAACUAUGAUGCAUCCUUGGCUAGUGCAGUUUCCAAGACCAACAUACUUAUUGUUGAAGGGUAUUUAUUUGAACUUCCUGAUACUAUUAAAACAAUAACCAAAGCAUGUGAAAAAGCUCGGAGGAACGGUGCCUUGGUUGCAAUAACAGCUUCAGAUGUUUCCUGCAUUGAGAGACACUUUGAUGAUUUUUGGGAAAUUAUUGGGAACAGUGUUGAUUUAGUCUUUGCAAAUGGUGAUGAGGCCAGAGCUCUUUGUAAUUUUGAAGCAAAGGAAAGUGCUGCUUCAGCUGCAAGGUAUCUGAGCCACUUUGUUCCUCUGGUAUCCGUUACAGAUGGUCCUAGAGGCUCUUACAUAGGUGUAAAAGGGGAAGCUGUAUAUAUCCCUCCUUCAUCAUGUGUUCCAGUGGAUACUUGUGGUGCUGGUGAUGCAUAUGCAUCUGGUAUUCUAUAUGGUCUUUUAAGAGGCGUAUCAGAUUUGAGAGGUAUAGGCACAUUAGCAGCUAAUGUUGCUGCUACUGUUGUUGGACAACAGGGAACACGCCUUAGAAUUUCAGAUGCAGUCAAAUUGGCUGAAUCUUUCGAAUUUCAACUCGAUUCCUCUUCGGUUGGCACCGAUCAUAUUUCCAGCGUCUAAUCAAAGUUGGCACUAUGAAAUUUAAUUACAAUUUUUUUUUCACGAAUUUAUUGUAUUCCUUUGAUCAUUAUGUUUCAAAAGAAUAGCCCUGUAAAUACUCAAUUUUGUAAAAAGAUUAGUUCUGUUAGCAAUUCAAUUACUCAGGCCCUUCUAGUCUUCA